AUGGCAGAGUAUUUGGUUACCGGAGGAACAGGUUUCAUCGCUUCUUACAUCGUUAAAUCACUCCUCGAACUCGGUCACACCGUUCGAACCACCGUCCGAGACCCAAGUGAUGAAGGAAAGGUUGGAUUUUUAUUGGAAUUGAAAGGAGCGAAAGAGAGAUUGAAGCUUUUCAAAGCUGAUCUAAUGUUAGAAGGAAGCUUCGACGAAGCAGUGAACGGUGUAGAUGGAGUAUUCCACACGGCUUCCCCUGUUAUUGUUCCACAGGAUAACAACAUUCAGGAGACAUUGGUUGAUCCAAUCAUCAAAGGAACAACCAAUGUGAUGAACUCUUGCGCCAAAUCCAAACACACUCUGAAAAGGAUUGUUCUCACAUCUUCUUGCUCUUCGAUCCGGUACCGUUUCGAUGCUACAAAGGCUUCUCCUCUCAAUGAGUCUCAUUGGAGUGACCCUGACUACUGCAAACAAUUCAAUCUUUGGUACGCAUAUGCAAAGACUCUAGGGGAGAAAGAAGCUUGGAGGAUAGCAGAAGAGAAAGGAUUAAACUUGGUGGUUGUGAAUCCUUCAUAUGUGAUUGGUCCAUUGCUUGGACCAAAACCAACAAGCACUCUUCUUUUCACACUAGGCAUUGUCAAAGGUCUAGUUGGAGAGUAUCCGAAUUUCACGGUCGGGUUUGUGCACAUUGACGAUGUGGUUGCUGCACAUGUGUUAGCCAUGGAAGAGGCUAAAGCAUCAGGGAGGAUCGUGUGUUCGAGUUCUGUUGCUCAUUGGUCUGAGAUCAUUGAGUUGCUAAGGAACAAGUAUCCUAAUUACCCUUAUGAAAACAAGUGUAGUAACAAAGAAGGAGAUAAUAAUCCACAUAGUAUGGAUACAAGGAAGAUACAAGCGUUGGGAUUUGGUUCCUUCAAGUCAAUACCUGAGAUGUUUGAUGACUGUAUCCGGAGUUUUCAGGAGAAGGGUCUUCUCUGA